AUGAAAAGCAUGUUUGAUGUUCGCAAGGAAAAAUUGAAGCAAAAAAUCCAAAGUAAAUACACCGAGUUCAAGCAGCACGAACAUCUUGUUAACCAAGCAGUUGAAGACAAAUGGAUUCAGAUCCUUGAUAACGAAUAUUUAACAGAUACGAAAGAAAAAAUAUAUAAACUUCAAGCCCAUUACCAAUUACAACUUGAUAGAUGUGAUUCUGUUGUCAAAAGGCUUCAGGAUUGGAUUGAAGAAAACGAAGAACAAUAUCAGUUCAACCUUUUAGCAAACAGAAGAACUCUCAAUGACUUACACGAACUAUCUCAAAAGAGACUGAAAACAGAACGUGAACGCUGGGAAUCAAGACUAAAAACGAUUGUUGAUGAUUUUGAAGAUUCCCGUUCUCGCGUUAUCAAGAAUUACCAAGAUCACGUGUCAGAAAUGAGAAAUAUUAAUAGUGCUAUUGGAUUUGAAUAUAAAGAACGCCGAGACGUUUUGGAUAACAAGUUUAGGUUCGAAAAGGAUGCUUUGACAAUGCGCAGUCAAGAAUCUAUUUCAGCUUUAAAUAUGCAUCUUAUGGAACAAAUUACUCAAGUUAAUGAACAAAUGAAACUUGCAAAUAAGGAAUAUAAAGAGAAGAGUGAGAACAAAAUGACACAAUUCCAUCAAUUAUUUGAAGAACACAAGAAGAUGCAGCGUGAAAUGCGUGAAAAUGAGAAAGCCAUUGCAAAGCAUGCGGCUGAUAUCUCUCAUUGGCGCCGUAAAAUUAAAAAUAACAUGACAGAGUCAAAAGAAGAGAAUGAUAGAUUACGUCAAGAAAAAGAAACAUUAUCAUUACACUUCAGAAAACUCAAAGAUGUAAUGGCAAGGUUUAGAGCAACUGAAGCUGCUAAAUUAGCUGAAAUAUCCGUUGCCUUUGAAGAUACAAUCAACGCUUUGCAGAAAAAAUUACAACUUGCCGAUAACAUUCUCAAAUAUUCUGAAAUGACCAGAAAACUUGAAACAGAAAGAGAACAGAUCAUUCCAUUCCCUAAUUCAAUAGCAGAUGAUGAUCCAGAAAUUCAACGCCAAAUGAGAAACUUUAAGCUCCAAUUGAAAGGUGAUAGCAAAUACGUUGAGGAGAGUGAUGUAUUCGACAAAUUCUACAGAAGAUAUAACAAGUGUCUACUUGAUACAUUAUCACUCCAGAGAGAGAAAGCUCAACUCACAGAAGAAAACAAAUAUUAUAAGAAUUUGUUACAGAAAUAUAUGGAGAACUUAGGUGUCAGAGAAGAUGCUGUUAACAAACCAAAUACAAUUGUCAUUGUUAACCAGAACACUAAUGCACCAAAAUCUGGACCUCCAGAAGAUACAAUUCCAACAAGAGAUGUACCUCUUGUUAUCCAGCAAACCAAGCUUCAAGGAUAUUAA